GGACUUCUAGAGAGAGAAAGAUGAGUGAGGAGAGUGAGGAGAGAGAGAGGUGGGGGUCCACUGGAGAAGAAAAAGCAACAAAAGUAGGGGUAAGCAGUAAAAGAGGCGAACAGAACGAAAACGAUCGAGCUUAGAGAGAGAUAGAGAUUGAGAGAGGAGAGAGAGAGCACACGAACGACUGGCUGGUGUGUAUCGCCUGGUUCUUCUUUUCUCCCUCUGCUCCUCCUCCCCAUGGCCGAUUACGAUGACAGCCUUCGCCCUAGGUCCUCUAAAUGAGCUCCGAUCUCUGUUUCUAUCUGGUCCGAUUGACCUGGCAUGGCGAGCUUUCUGUGGUUGUGAGUUGUGGUUAAAUGGAGUACAAUGCUACAAUUCAGAGGUCUAGGUCGGGUUUUGGUGCUCAGCAAGGAUCAGCCAUGGCUGAUUCUUCACAGACUCAUCAGUUCUCCAGACCUAGGGCCGGGGAAUCUUCUGAAGAUGCAAUGUGGCCAUUGAGUUUGAGAUCCAGUGAAACCAUGGAGUCUGGGCCCUAUCCUGAGAGGCCUGGUGAGAUUGAUUGUGCUUAUUACAUUCGAACUGGGCUCUGCAGGUUUGGAAUGACUUGUCGAUUCAACCACCCGCCCAACCGAAAGCUGGCAGUUGCUGCUGCACGAAUUAAAGGUGGGUACCCCGAAAGGGUUGGACAACCUGAAUGCCAGUAUUAUUUGAAGACAGGAACAUGCAAAUUUGGAGCUACUUGCAAGUUUCAUCAUCCUAGAGAUAAGGCUGGCAUUGCAGGAAGAGUACUUCUGAAUAUUUUAGGCUAUCCUCUCCGGCCGAAUGAGAAGGAAUGUGCCUAUUAUCUGAGAACUGGACAGUGCAAAUUUGGGAGCACUUGUAAAUUUCACCAUCCACAACCUAAUGCAAUGGUCUCAUUGCGUGGAUCUCCUGUUUAUCCCCCUGUACAUUCUCCAACAACUCCUGGUCAGCCAUCUUUUCAUGGAGGAUUUCCAAAUUGGCCAAUGUCAAGGGCUUCUUUUAUUCCGAGCCCACGUUGGCAGGGUCCUUCAAGCUAUGCACAGCUGAUUCUUCCUCAGGGCAUGGUUCCUGUUCCUGGCUGGAACACAUAUUCUGGUCAGCUGGGUUCAGCUUCAUCAUCAGACACUCAGCAACCACCAGGAACUGGUCAGUCUUAUGGAACCCCACGACAAACUGAAACAGGAGGUGCAAGCUCUCCUGGGGCAUUCCCAUUCCGAUCCAGUUCUGUCCCCAUGGGACUUUUUCCAUUGCAGAGGGAGAAUGUUUUCCCUGAAAGACCUGAUCAACCUGAAUGCCAAUUCUAUAUGAAGACUGGAGAUUGUAAGUUUGGUGCCAUGUGCAAGUUCCAUCACCCAAGGGAGAGGCUGCUUCCUGUUCCAAAUUGCAUGUUGAGCCCCAUGGGCCUUCCUCUACGUCCUGGAGAGCCUUUGUGCAUAUUUUAUUCUCGUUAUGGCAUCUGCAAAUUUGGCCCAACUUGCAAAUUUGACCAUCCUAUGGGACCCUUUGCAUACAAUCUUUCAACAUCUUCAGCUGACGUACCAGUUCGUCGUCUGCUGGGAUCUUCAUCAGGGACUCCUGCCUUAUCUCUCUCUCCCGAAGUUUCUGGGGAAGCUGCUGUUGGAAAGUCUAGGAGGAUCCCAUUGUCGGAGCCACGACAAAUACCUUCAGGUGAUGAAAGCAUCGAGACAGAGGGUUCGCCUACGGCUUCAAGCAUUGGUCCAGUUUCUACCUUCCCUUGAAAGGCAUUUUUGGAUGACAAAUGAAGCCACAAUAGUAAGCUGCAGUUUCAAGAACUGGAAAUCUAUGGGCUCCAAUAAUGAGGAUAUGGCCCGUUUUUGACUGUGACUACAAGGUUUCUGAAAAUUUCACAAAAUGAUUCCCACGAAUCUCUUCUUCAAUCAAUCCAGGAGUGCAUACCCUAGGUCUUCUGUGCACCCCUCAUUCUUUUCUGUGAGUGCAGCAGUCAACUUUAUGGGGUACCAUUUUUUCUUCCCACCAUUUGAAGUGGUUCCCUGUGAUCCCAGUACUCUAUUUAAGGCCUCUGUUUUAUUCCUAUUUGAAAACAACCCUGUUGCAAAAGUAGACCCCCUUGUCCUGUCCCCCAAAGCCAAACUGGGUUUUUAAGCCAAACUGGGUUUGUUCUUCAUCUGCAACUUUUUCCAUCAUCUUAAUUACUCUCUGACCCACAAAGGUGGAGUUUCUCCUCUUCAGUACCAACUAUUUGAAUUAUAUGUAAUUUAUUAUCUGUAGAUGACUAUGACAUUGUAGAAAUCCCCAGACCUCGUAGGCUUAUUUAAUAGAUUCAGAUGUUGAUGCCUUAUAAGAAAUUAGGAGGCUCCGGCUUGUGUUCUUGAGAGCAUUGGGGUCAUCAUCUGAACCUUUCUCCUCUCAAAAGGCAGUCCUCAUCCAUCCUUUCUUCGAAGAAGAUGGAAUGUGAAUUCAUUUACACAUCCUUUAGAUGCAUUGACUUAAAGCAUAUGGGAAUGCAUCUGUGGAGGCUAGGGUGUGAUGGUUUGUAUGCAUGUAGCCUCUUGAGGUGUCAUGAUCUUGCUUUUGUCGACAGGAUUUAUGAAACAUGUCAGAUUGGUCGCAAGACCAACGGAAACACUUAGUGCAGCUGAACCAUCAGUCAAGUGUAACAGGUACGAGGAGACUAUCAUAAGAACUGUUGUUUUUCGUUUUGUAUCAUAUAAAUAAAAGAGUUGUGCCUGUCAAAAUC